CAGCCUUCUCACCAGCCAGCAGCAGUGCACCACACGCCUCACCACCACAGGACAGGCACCUGCCUGAGUGGAGUUGUUUCACCAUGAGGGGGAUAGUGUGGUCUCCCCCCUGGUGCUUGGCCCUGGUUGCUGUCAUCUUCCUACCAGUGGCGGUGUCCUUGUUCGAUUCCGACCGUGAGCUCGACAUCGCAGUGCUGGAAGGUCUUGCUGAGGACUUCUUCUCACCCCACCUAGACUCUGUACAUCCUGCAGUCCUUCGCCGGCUCAAUGGUUCCUUAGAUCCUGUCAACCUCAAGAGAACUCCGUUUGGGGACUCACUCGAUGCCCUUCUUUUAGUGCUGAACGAGAAGACUUUCGCCAAGAGACAAGCUAGGUGUCCUGAUUGUACCCCUGGAGAAAACUGUCCGCCAGGGUGUCCAUCUCCAGGCCCCGUGUCCCCGUAUCUCCCAUGUCCUUAUUGUCCUAUGCCCCCUGUUUGCGGCCCUUGCUAUCCUGGUAUGCCCUGUCCACCUGGAUGUCCCCAGACACCGUGUCCCCCGUGCUAUCCAGGAGGUCCAUGCCCUCUGGGUUGUCGUGCGUCGCCAUGUCCAGCUUGCUAUCCUGGCUCUCCAUGCCCUGCAGGAUGUCCAGUAACUCCCUGCCCACCUUGUUAUCCUGGUUCGCCGUGCCCACGAGGAUGUCCAGCUACGCAAUGUCCUCCUUGUUAUCCGGGUUACACAUGUCCAAUUGGAUGUCCACAAACACCAUGCCCACCUUGUUAUCCUGGGAAACCUUGUCCUGUUGGGUGUCCAGUUUCAAGAUGUCCCGUGUGUUAUCCUGGCCUCCCAUGUCCAGAAGGAUGUCCAAUAAAUCCAUGUCCGCUUUGCUAUCCAGGAUCACAAUGCCCAGCAGGGUGUCCAGUGACCCCCUGUCCUAUUUGUUAUCCAGAUGAUCCAUGUCCUGUUGGAUGUCCAACUACUUGUCCUCCCUGCUAUCCGGGUACCACAUGUCCCAGAGGAUGUCCACCAACACCAUGUCCUCCUUGCCCACCAGGUGCUCUUUGCCCACCUGGGUGUCCGCAAGAUUCAUGUCCUCCCUGUUACCCUGGACAAAGUUGUCCUGCUGGAUGUCCGUUUACUCCAUGUCCUAUUUGCUACCCCGGGCAAAGAUGUCCUGAAGGCUGUCCACAGACACCAUGCCCCAAGUGCUAUCCUGGGCAGGAAUGUCCAAUAGGGUGUCGCACGACGCCGUGUCCACGCUGUUUCCCAGGUGAAUACUGUCCUCCCGGGUGUGUCCAAGAACAGUGUCCAACUUGUUAUCCCGGGGCGAGUUGCCCAGAUGGGUGUCCGACAACCCCAUGUCCAACUUGCUACCCAGGCGAACUAUGUCCCUCAGGAUGUCCAUUUACUCCGUGUCCUAAUUGCUACCCCGGGGAUAGAUGUCCUUCAGAAUGUCCCCGCACUCCAUGUCCCAUAUGUUAUCCAGGGACCCCAUGUCCUAAGGGAUGUCCACAGACACCAUGCCCUGCCUGCUAUCCAGGACAAGAAUGUCCUAUAGGAUGUCCUCAAAUGCCAUGUCCAAAUUGUUACCCAGGUGAUCGAUGUCCACCGAGUUGCCCAUCGACUCCGUGUCCAAGAUGUCGACCUGGUGAAUACUGCCCUCCAGGGUGUCCGCCAUUCCAAUGUCCUACGUGUUUUCCCGGUGAGCAAUGUCCACCAGAUUGUCCGAGAACUCCAUGUCCUUUAUGUUAUCCUGGCGACCGGUGUCCCCCUACGUGUCCACGUACACCAUGUCCUCCAUGCUAUCCAGAUGACGCUUGCCCUCCUAGAUGUCCGAGGACACCGUGUCCGACCUGUUAUCCUGGAGAAAUCUGUCCACGUGGAUGUCCAGAAACGCCAUGUCCACUUUGUUACAGAAGAGAUUCAUGCCCCCCAGGAUGUCCAUUAACGCUGUGUCCAGACUGCUUCCCAGGCCAUCGAUGUCCCGCUGGGUGUCCAGAAACACCAUGUCCAAAUUGUUACCCGGGAGAACCGUGUCCUCCUGGAUGUCCCCGAAAUGUGUGUCCAGAAUGUUUCCCUGGAGGUCCCUGCCCACCAGGAUGUCCAAGGACACCGUGUCCUCCCUGUUAUCCUGGGGAGAGUUGUCCAUCCCAGUGUCCACGACGACCAUGUCCAAAGUGUUACCCUGGAGAAAUUUGUCCUGUAGCAUGUCCACUAACGCCGUGUCCUGUUUGUUAUCCAGGCCAAAAAUGUCCUCCAACUUGCCCUAAAACACCAUGUCCGCUUUGCUAUCCAGGAAGCCCAUGUCCACCAGGAUGUUCAACCACACCAUGUCCAAAAUGUUAUAUUGGUGGUCAAUGUCCGCCAGGAUGUCCCAGAACACCAUGUCCGACAUGCUAUCCUGGACAAAGAUGUCCAACUGGGUGCCCAGUUAUGCCAUGUCCAGACUGCUAUAUGGGGGAUAACUGCCCACUGGGUUGUCCAGUUAAGCCGUGCCCAUUGUGCUAUCCUGGGUCAAGAUGUCCUAGUAAAUGUCCAGUAACCCCAUGUCCGAACUGUUAUCCUGGAAGUCGUUGUCCUCCUGGAUGCCCACAAACACCUUGUCCUGACUGCUAUCCAGGAUUCCAAUGUCCUGCUGGAUGUCCCCAGAAAUGGUGUCCUGACUGUUAUCCUGGACAGCCAUGUCCACCGUUGUGUCCACCGACACCUUGUCCCCGGUGUUACCCUGGACAGCCAUGUCCACAGGGGUGUCCACGAAGCCCGUGUCCAAUCUGCUAUCAAAAUGUGACGUGUCCACCUGGAUGUCCUGUCUCGCCGUGUCCUAGGUGCUACCCUGGCCAACCGUGUCCACCAUCCUGUCCCCCUACCCCUUGUCCUACGUGCUAUUUAGGGUCAAGAUGUCCACCUGGAUGUCCAAGGACGCCGUGUCCGCCAUGUGUCCCUGGCCAGCCAUGCCCCAAAGGAUGCUCCCGAGACCAGAACUGUCCUACCUGCCCAAGAGGACCACCAGGUAACCAAGGACCUCGCGGAGAUCGGUUCAUUGGUCAACGUGGCCCUCCUGGUGACCCCACACGUGGUCCCAGGGGCCCAUCAGGACCACCAGGGCCCCCAGGUUAUGGCCAGUGUUUGAAGUGCAAAAAGUGCUGUCCUUCUCGAGACUCCUUGACGAAAGUUCUCAACUUCAUGGGCAACGAAACCUGCUGUAGGAAGCCCCCACCAAGAAGACCCUGUAGAUAUGAUCCAAUACAAUUAGAGAAUCGUCUUGAAUCUCUCUUGAAUAGAUUGCAGCUAACUAAAGAACUUCAAACGAAAGUUCAAUCUUACAGUGCUGCUAUAAAAGAACUCAAUGCCAAGUUUAGAGGGGUAGAUUUUGGUGGACCUCCUGGCCCCAAUGGAGCAAAGGGACGAUCAGGGGUUCAGGGAGAGACCGGCAAUAAAGGCACAAUUGGGGAGUGUAAGAAAUCCAGCCAACAAAACCCCCCCAGUGGACCAGUAGGACCCCCGGGGAGCAAGGGCAUCAGGGGACUACCCGGAAGUCAAGGGUCUUGUGAUUGCCGGGGAGACAGGGGUGAGAAGGGCACCCCAGGAGAGAGUAGACGAGGUGACCCAGGUCCCAGCGGCUAUAAAGGGCAAAAGGGAAGCCGAGGAGAGAGCACGAAGGAGAAAGACGCUCCCUUCACCACCGCGCCCCCUUCCACCACUGCGCCCCCUUCCUACUCACCCUUCUCCGUUCGUAAAAGACAGUUACGUGCUCUUUCGUCUUCACCAUAACCUCCUUGGCCUCCAGCGUAACCUCUUCUUGGCCUCUCUAAUGGUUGAUCUAUUGUGUGACCUCUGUGUAUGUGCUCUUCUAUCCUGGUCCCUUUAACCUUAACUAUUACACUACCUUUAUCCUCCAUCAUGACCAUCAGCUCUUGUUAACCACGUAUGAGAAUGGCAUUAAUACGGUCAUUUUUCAAGUUGAUUUAAACAAGUCUUAACACACAAAGUUCACCAGAGAGAGAUACUUUAUUCUAAUUUACCUUAUUUCCUUCAUUCUAUCUUAUGUCUCAUUUAUCUUAUUCUUCGUUAUUCUUGUUCUCUUUAUUACCUCUCUUCAUCGUUAUUACCUGGACUUUAAAAUAGAACGAAUAUUGACAAGUUUAAAUUGAUGUUUAUUUUGUAAUUUUUAAAUAUAAUUGUUGUUAGUAUGUACAGUGUUGUGGGUUUGGGCUUACGCAGUGGCAUUUUUUUAAAUAAAUAUAUAUAUAUAUAUAUUAAGGGAUAUACCGUAUAUUGAUGUUUAAAUAUAAAUAAUAAUUUUUUCUCUAUA